GCCUAUCACUCGUCAUUUCUCAGACAAAUAGGAAUAAGGAUAACGUAACAGUUGAUGCUCCAUAACUCUUAUUACAUUAUAAUGCUGCAUUCAAAGCACUUUUAUUAUCCUUCCACCUUUCUUGAAUGGCUUCUUUGCCUUCUUUUGCCGGCAGUGGCAGUCUCAAGCUCGAACCAGACUCCAGAAAGCACUCCCCGGCUUCUCUUUCCACGGAUAAGAGUCCAAGCAUUUCUUAUCCAAGAACUCACAAGUUCACCCAAUUAGAUGGCAAGUCAGAAUCAGUUAGGUCUAUGGACUUCCAAGAAGCACUCUCCAGGAUAAAAGAUGGUUCAAGGAUUGAAACAUCUUAUUAUGUCCCCCUCUUGCAAGAAUGCAUUGACAGGAAUUCACUUGCGGGAGCACAAAAUUUACAUUCUCAUAUCAUAAAGACCGGAACUCAUGAAGAUUUGUUUGUCCUGACAUUCCUUGUUAAUGUUUAUGCCAAAUGUGGAGCCAUGGAAAAUGCUCGAAAAGUCUUUACCAGUUUACCUAGAAAAAAUGUUGUUGCCUGGACGACCUUGAUGACGGGCUAUGUUCAUAAUGAUCAACCAGAUGCUGCCAUCUAUGUUUUCCAACAGAUGCUGGAAUUCGGCUCUUAUCCGACAAAUUAUACUUUAGGAAGUGCUUUGACUGCAUGUUCUGCACUGAAUUUUCUUGACUUGGGGAAGCAAAUCCAUGCCUACAGUAUUAAAUACCAGAUUGACCAUGAUACAAGCGUUGGGAACUCCCUUUGUUGCUUAUACUCGAAAUGUGCCAGCUUGAAUUCUGCUAUUAAAGCCUUUCAAAAGAUUGGGAGAAGGAAUGUAAUUUCAUGGACUAUUAUUGUUUCUGCUUGUGGAGAUAAUGCUAGAGCUGCAAAGGGACUGAGAUUCUUCACUGAGAUGCUUGCUGAAAAUGUUGAGCCUAAUGAGUUCACUUUGACCAGCGCCCUGAGCAUGUGCUGUACAAUGCAAUCUUUGAGAGUAGGGGCACAAGUUCAUUGUUUAAGCAUUAAGCUUGGCUAUGGAUCAAACCUCCGCAUAAAGAAUUCUAUCAUGUAUUUGUAUCUCAAAUGUGGGUGGUUUAGAGAAGCACAGCAAUUGUUCAAUGGCAUGGAAGACAUGAGCUUGGUUACAAUGAAUUCAAUGAUUGCAGGCUACGGUGAAAUGAUGGAUCUUGCAAAGGAUGAUCUAUCAGCCUACCAUAAUGGAACCGAGGCUCUCAACAUUUUCUCAAAAUUGAAUAACUCCGGCUUCAAACCUGAUCUAUUUACCUUCUCAAGUGUUUUAACUAUAUGUAGUAAGAUGGUGGCCUUAGAACAAGGGGAACAAAUCCAUGCUCAGACCCUUAAAACUGGGUAUUUGUCAGAUGUGAUUGUGGGAACGGCACUAGUUAAUAUGUACAAUAAAUGUGGAAGCAUUGAAAGAGCAAGCAGAGCUUUUCUGGAGAUGUCUGCCAGAACAUUGAUAUCAUGGACUUCUAUGAUUAAUGCUUUUACACAGAAUGGACAGACUCAGCAAGCACUGCAGCUCUUUGAGGAUAUGAGACUGGUAGGAGUCAGACCAAAUCAGGUAACUUUUGUAGGUGUUUUAUCGGCUUGUGGCCAUGCUGGAAUGGUAGAUGAAGCAUUCGGAUAUCUUGAGAUGAUGCAGAAAGACUAUAAAAUCAGACCUGUUAUGGACCAUUACGCAUGCCUAAUUGACAUGUUUGUGAGGUUGGGAAGGUUAGCUGAAGCUUUUGAUUUAAUCAGGAAGAUGGAUUUUCAGCCAAAUGAGUUUAUAUGGUCACUCUUGCUUGCAGGAUGCAAAAGACAUGGCAAAACUGAAUUGGGAUUCUAUGCUGCUGAAAAGUUACUUGAGCUCAAGCCAAAAGAUGCUGAGACUUACCUCUUGCUGUUGAAUAUGUACAAGUCUGCAGAGAGAUGGGAGGAUGUUUCCAAAGUAAGAGCAUUGAUGGAGGAGAAGAGACUUGAAAAGUUAAUGGAUUGGAGCUGGAUCAGCACUAAGGACAAGGUUUAUGCAUUCAAAUCCGAUGAGAGGCAAACUUAUGGGACUGAGAUGCAUGAAUUGUUGGAUGAACUGCUUGAUAAAGCAAAAAGUCUUCUUGGAUAUGAAUCACUUGAAAGUAUUGACUUAGUUGAUGAAGAGGAUGAGGAAAAAACAUUCUCUUCCACUGUUCAACAUAGUGAAAAGCUGGCUGCUGCAUUUGGCCUGUUGAAUAUAGCAGAUGCUGCGCCUAUACGAAUUAUCAAGAACAUUAGCAUGUGCAGGGGUUGCCAUAAUUUUAUGAAGGCCAUCUCUUCACUGAAUGCUAGGAAAAUCAUCGUUCGGGAUCGCAAGCGGCUCCAUAAAUUUGUUAAUGGGCAGUGUUCAUGUGGGGAUAAUGGUAGUUUACUUUGAUGACUAAAGGCAGGUUCCCAACAAUUCCUUUUUCCCAAUUUUCUAAACUUGAAACAUUUCAUACAAAUUAUUUUCUCCGUGAUAUUUAUGAAAAAUUCAAAGGCUCUGUAAAUAUAGACAUUGACAGUCCAUUCGAUUAGGUUAUCGAAACUGUAUGAAACGAACUGUGCUUGAUUUCUUUAGCCAA